UGCUUUUCUGUCCUUUAUACUCACUCCCACCCUACCUAAGGCAAACCCUUUGCGCUUUUCUGUCCUUUAUGCUCACUCUCUCCUUUUAUAAGGCCAGUCCUUUUGCACUUCUUUUCCCCAGGAAGAUCCUAGUGUUGGAAUAUCAGAAGAUGAUUUCCUCAAUGAGCUAUUAGCAACAAACAGUGGAGCUUACACAAUAGAGGACGAAAACAUUGAUCAUGAAGUCACUGUUAAUGCUGAUUCAACUGAUGAUGUCCCUGCAAGAGUGCUUGACUCCAAUAUGGAUUUCAUUGCUUCCUCAACUGAUUCAGUAGAUGCCAGGGAUAGUGGUUACAUAGCAUCGCAAGAGUCCAUAUCAACUGAUGUCCCAUCUACUGUCAGCCUUAAUCUGUCAAGUGGAACUUCCUCUGAGGGAAGCAUUGAAGCAGAAAGUCAAACCAGUAAGUUUUACUCGGAGCCAGAACUUAAAGGUUUGCGUGGCACCCAGCGAUAUACAAGCCCACCUGAUGGACGCAGUCUCAGUUUGGGAAGGAUGAUAGCCAAUCAGAGAUUGGAGGAUCAGAGGUUGCCAGUUGAGCUACUUAGCUCUGCCGGUUCAAUGGAGGAAAUUGAAAUUGGCUCAGGGACACGAUAUGCAACUCCAAAACUCAGCCAUCAUGACUCAAAAAAGAAACAAUGGUCAUCAAUACUUCGUGCCAAUUUGGAUGAUUCCUCAAAAUCAACAGGGAAAGCAUCAGUGGCUUUUAAUGACAAAGUUCAACUGUCUUUAUAUGAUAAGGACCAGAAGAUUGAAUCCUCCAAAGAAGAUCGCACUCAUGGAACUGGCUCUAUUGUAAAACACACAACAGAUGGUCCUCUGACAUCAGAGGGAAGUGAUUUCUGCCUGUUCCAACCUGAAAAGAAAAUGGAAUCAAAGUUCAAAGGAGGUCAGGUAGUCAUUGAUACACCUAUGAAACCCAAGGACCUUAGAGAACUGAUACAAGGAAAGAUAUCACACAGGGAUUCAAUACCUUUAGCCAAGGCAGUUCAAAAUAAUCAAAAGACUGAAAAGCCUAGAAAGCCCAGGCAAUCAAAGACUAAUGGAGAAGAACGUGAGAUUGAUACGAAACAGACAAAACAAGUUGGCGCAAUUGAAAUGAAACCAGAAACAAUCAAAAAGCCAAAUGAUCUUAAAAACUUGCCUCAUUUUGGUGCUGAUCCAAGUAAAACUCUGAAAAUGAAACAAACUUGUGGUGGCUCACAUAGGGAAUCUCGAUCUGAAGUGUUACUCUCCCCUAGCCAAUUGCUGCAACAUUAUUUAAAGGUAAAUGAGGAUGGGGCUGAAACAGUUCCUAUAUAUACAACCCCUUCCCAGCUGUGGCAUCAUAUCAACCAUAGGUACUUAGAGAAUUCUGACAUUCUACAAUCCCAGAGUUACAAUCCACCAUCUGACAGUGUACAACAAAUGCAUCAGUCCCCACCAAGGGCUCACUCUGAGCUGUAUUUUCCUAUGUAUAUUACACCAUCUGAGCUGUUUAAACUUCAGUGUGAUAGGGAACAAACACUUGAUAAACUUGAAACUGAUGAUUAUAGUACACCUUCUGUUUUAUUGAAAAAGACAGAAGAUAGGGCAACUGGUCUUGAACAAUCUGAUCUAUCAAAACUACCUGACUAUACAACACCUUCAGUCCUACACAAUCAGAUUGAAGAAAAAGAGAAGAGAAGAGAAAAAGAAAAGAGAAGAGAAGCUAUGGCUGCCACACCUUCUGAACUAUUUAAGAGGACACAAGAUCGAGCUACAAGUCUUGCACAAUCUGAUCUAUCAGAUCUACCAGUCUAUACUGCACCAUCGGGCUUGUACAGAAAGACUGAAGAGGAUAAUAAAAAUCUUGAUAUGCUGAUGAAAAAUGUAGGUAGAGGUAUUGAAAAGCUGAGAAGUGAAGAUAAAGCCAGAGUAGCUGAACAAUCAAAUUUUGCAAUAGGUACAACUUCAGGCCUAAACAGACAAAUUGAAGAGAAUAAGGAAGGUCUUGACAAACUGAUGAGAAAUGCAGAUAGAGUCAAAGGACUUAACCAAACUGACCUAUCAAAUCUACAAGAUUAUACAGGAUUAGCUGGUUCAGCUGGUACAGACAAAAUAGCAGAAAGUGAACAGAGCAAAAAAACUUCUGUUCUCCCUGGAAGAUCCUCCGAGAUUCCUUCAGAGUUGCCCAGUAGAGGCCUUUCCAGUGCAUCAUUUGCUAGCUGCAAGACCCCAUCUGAGGUAAUGGAUAUUCUCAACAGAAAUGACAUGUUGCCUCAUAUCCCUGGUAUGCCAUCAUACACUUCUGAAAGUGCAUCUAAACCUGCAAGUAUAAAGAGUGAUGCCUUGAGUAGCAGGUUCAGCAGUGGUUUUCCCCUCAGAUCAUCUGAGAGUGACCCUCAAGGAUAUUUCUCCAGCCCUGAAGCAUUUUGUACUUGGGCCACCCAGGUUCUAGCAUAUAUCCCUGGUAGUGAAAUUUAUAUUAAGCCCAUGCUGGAGGAAUUUUUUGAAAAAGAGGGCAAAGCAGUUCUAGAUGAUGUAAUUAAACAAGAAGCUGGUGCUUUGGGAAAGCAGGGAGACACCAAUGAUAAAGUAAAACAGGAUGAAACUGAUGCUGAAUUAAACAAAAAAGAUUUCCAGGUUGUGCGUAAUCCAAGUUACUUUGCUUUCUCUGAUAGUGAAGAAGAAGAGGAAACAGAUGUCAAUCUGAAGGUAUAAUGGCAAUUAAGAUUUAUAGCUUAGUGUAAAGGUCAAGAGAAAUAACAUAGGAAUCUUCUAUUUCAAAUGCAUACAUGAAAAACUCAUGUAAAAAUCUAAUCAUAUGACAAUGUGGGAGAGUGGCCGAAGCAUCAAGUUCUAUGAAAGGUAAACCUAACAUAGACUAUUAAGCUUAGGUUAAGAUUUAACUCUAUUUAAUGAGAGCUCUUAUAACCUGAAACCACUUCAAAGUGUUCCAUGGAAACCUCAAUGUAGGCCAGAUGAGAAGGUAUAGGUAUAUAUAGUAUGGCAGUAAAUAUGCUAGGCUUCGUGGAGAGCGUUAACAUUAUGUUUGAUUUACAAUGAUUCAAUGGAUCUCGAAUGAAUACCACCAGUCUGCAGAUAAAGAUAAUACAGUGCACAUGUUAUGUAUUACUUGUAUUGAUAAACAUCCCUGACCUCUUAAUCAAGUCCUUACCUUGAAAA